UGGUAAUUGAAUCAUUGUAUUACAGGAAUGAUAGACAAUUCUAUAUUGACACAUUUCGUCGAUUUUGUGUGAACAUUUCUUUUUCUGUGGCUUGUUUUGUUGAAUAAUACGUAGGCCUAUAUUAUAAGGAGUUUAAACGGUGUUGGAAAUUUAGUCAUAUUGUUUAGUAUUGAUAUUAUUUUGUAAUGGCAUGUUCUAGCACUAUUGUAAACCGUUGUUUGUUUGCUUUUCUAGUUGCAAUGUGCAAACUAUGCACAACUAGCAGAAAUGUAAUCUGUCCAGAAGAAACAUAUAAUUUUCAAUAGCAUUUUGGGAUUGUACAUCUGCAUACUGCAAACUUGUUAGCGUACUGGGUUAUGAAUUAUUUAUGACACUAUAGCUAAUAUGCUACACGAUUUUUUGCUAUACAUAUUUUGGAUUUAAUACGUUUUCUCUUCAAAUUCAUCCUUUCGACACCUUUGUGGGCUGUCUCUCAAUCGAAGCACCGACAUGGGCGUGUUACGAAGUCACUGCAGAAACGCGAUAUGGUGAAGAAAUGUGGGUGUUACCUAUCUUCUGAUUGGCCAAUCGGGGUAGAUUUGGACAUAAAUUAAGAGCACGUGGGGUGAGCUAGCUUUUCCAGGUUUUGAUUGGUUUCAUGAUACGGCCAAUCAAUUACUUUCCAUAUUUGGAAUGUACUAUUGGUCCUUCUUUGUUCAACCGCGUGUAUCACCAGUCUUGUGUGUGGUAUUUUUUGCGAGGCCGCUCCGUUGACUGAAAUUACAUAUUCAAAAACGUAAAAAAGUGCAUAAUUCUGCGGUAUAGUCUACGGAUUUAGCUUACUUCGUCAAGAUUUUACUGUAUUCAUCUAUUCUGCCUUGGAUUUACAUUAAUAAUUGCUUUGUAUAUGCAUGGUUAGGAUACAUUUCGGAGGAAUACAUAUUUGAUUGAGUCGGUGGUCGAACGUUCACCGCUUGACGAGUGGACCCAUUUCGACAUUGUUUGUAUUUGGAAAUAUUAGAGACUCGGAUUUGUACAACAGGGGAUAACUAAUGCAACAUGUACUCUCAACCACGCCACCAGACUCCGCAUCAGGCCGGACAACCGUUUAAAUUCACGGUUCCGGAGUCAUGUGAUCGUAUCAAAGAAGAAUUUAGCUUUCUUCAGGCACAGUAUCACAGUUUAAAAAUGGAAUGUGAAAAAUUAGCACAAGAGAAGACUGAAAUGCAACGCCACUAUGUGAUGUAUUAUGAGAUGUCAUAUGGAUUGAAUGUAGAAAUGCAUAAACAGACAGAGAUUGUGAAAAGGUUAAAUGCCAUAUGUGCCCAGAUUAUACCGUUUCUAUCACAAGAUCAUCAACAACAGGUUGCUGCUGCCGUUGAACGAGCUAAACAAGUAACAAUGACCGAACUGAAUGCUAUAAUCGGACAACAAUCUCCAUUUCCUCACUUUUCCUAUGAUAAGAUGCCUAAGUUACCUAUACCAGCUUUCAUGCAAGGAGGACAGCCUAUACCCCAACACCCAUUACCACAUGCCCAUGCUCCCCCUGUGCCUAUGCCUCCCCACCCGGGUGCAAUGCCAGGGACACCAACACUACCACACACACCUGGGGGAUCUGGUCUUCUGGCCUUGUCGAUUAACUCUCAACCACAUAUGCCAAUCAAAGAAGAAAAAGCUGUUGACCGCCAGAAUUCUCUAUCACCAUCUGGAAGAAACUCAACAGAAAAGUACAGAGACCGAGAAAGAGAUAGAGAACGAGAGAGGGAGCGAGAACGUGAACGAGAACGUGAAAGGGAACGGGAACGUGAACGUGAUCGGGAUCGGGAUCGGGAUCGUAAUAGUCACGACAUCAGUGAGAAUCUUAACAACAAAAACAAAAGGAAGAGAGAUGAUAAGGACUCAGUAGAAAGUGAUGGAGAAAAAAGUGAUGAGAAUUUAGUUGUGGAUGUAGCAAAUGAGGAACGAGAAUCACCGAUAGCCAAUGGUGAGAGGCCUUCGCCCAGAGAUAGAUUGGACAGUGAUAAGCACCGCCCUAAGAAGGAGCGUUCUAGCACCCCAAACAGUAUUGCUUCAUCUAGUGCAAGUACACCAACAUCUUCAAAAGCUAAAGAGAAUGACAAACCAAUAUCACCAGUGUCAAAGUCAGUCACUCCUACAAGUAGUGGUGCACCCACCCCAAGUAGCUCCGCCGGUAGCAGUCUCAAGCAAGUCAAAGUUCAACCACUUGCAUUACACACUCCCCCUUCUUCUAUACCAGGGCAUUAUCCGUUCAUGCAUCCUGGAGGUCACGGCAUCAACCCAGAACUACCAGGACAAUAUCCGGUACCCGGCAUGCAACACAACAUUUCCCCAGGCGCCUUGAAUCCCUACAGUCGCACCCCAGUGGGGUUUAAUGGUUUUGAACACCAAUCAAGAAUAUCUGGAAUGGCGGGAAUUCCGGGUGGUAAACCGGCGUAUUCAUUUCAUGUGAGUGCUGAUGGGCAAACGCAGCCUGUCCCCUUUCCACCGGAUGCUCUCAUUGGUUCAAUGAUUCCCCGUCAUGCUCGACAGAUAAACACCCUGAACCACGGGGAGGUGGUGUGUGCCGUGACGAUAAGUAACCCUACAAGGCACGUCUACACAGGCGGAAAGGGUUGUGUAAAGGUGUGGGACAUCAGUCAACCCGGGAACAAGAGUCCAGUUUCACAGUUAGAUUGUCUGAAUCGAGAUAAUUACAUCAGAUCUUGUAAAUUACUACCAGACGGCAGGACGUUACUUGUAGGGGGUGAGGCCAGCACCCUUUCAAUUUGGGAUCUAGCAGCACCAACACCACGUAUAAAAGCAGAACUUACAUCCAGUGCACCUGCGUGCUAUGCUUUGGCCAUAAGCCCAGACUCUAAAGUUUGUUUUAGCUGUUGUAGUGAUGGUAACAUUGCAGUAUGGGAUUUGCAUAACCAAACGCUAGUCAGGCAAUUCCAGGGACACACAGAUGGUGCAAGUUGUAUUGAUAUAUCUCCUGAUGGUACCAAACUGUGGACAGGUGGUUUAGAUAACACCGUCAGGUCAUGGGACCUUAGAGAGGGUCGUCAGUUACAACAGCAUGACUUCACAUCACAAAUUUUCUCCCUUGGUUACUGUCCUACAGGCGACUGGCUUGCUGUUGGAAUGGAAAGUAGUAAUGUUGAGGUGUUACACCAUAGUAAACCGGACAAGUACCAACUUCUCUUACACGAGAGCUGCGUAUUAUCACUGAAGUUUGCACACUGUGGAAAGUGGUUUGUUAGCACAGGCAAGGACAAUCUGCUCAAUGCAUGGAGGACACCCUAUGGGGCUAGCAUAUUCCAGUCCAAAGAAUCAUCGUCAGUGCUCAGCUGUGAUAUAUCUGGUGAUGACAAGUAUAUAGUAACUGGUUCCGGUGACAAGAAAGCAACUCUGUACGAAGUAAUCUAUUGAUGAUUCCGAUAUAAAUCAUCGAUUCUGAUAGUGAUUUUGUCAUUAUAGAGACCCUGCUUACUCAGUUUUUUGAAGAAACAAUGAGUUGGUGAUCAAUGAUCGAUAGAAGCGGGCAAAACCUGAAUCCUUUGAUUAAGGAAAAUAUGUGCAACUGUCUAUGAUUAAAACUUGCCGAAAUGUCAUCUAAAAAACGCGAUUUGCUCUGCUGUAUAAAAUUACCGUGUGUGUUCGUGAAAUCUCCGCAUCUCCCACAGAGAACUUUGAUUUCAUAAAACGUGGACGUCAAUUUCGCUGUUUUAUUAAUUCCUAGUGAUUUUGAUAGUGAAAAACAUUCAAGUUCGGAUGAAAAUGUGAUAUUUAUUUAGAGAAGACGGUACCUUGUAUGAUGAUAAGUAUAUAUAUGAUCGUGCAAAAGUCCAAUGUGGCAGACAGGUAUAGCGCCUUGAGAGUAGCCUGGAAGGUCGUUGGUUCAUUUCAAUGAUGCUGGAGAUAAACCUAGUAAACCAAAGUAUGUCAUUACAGAUGACAAUAUCUCACAGAGUUUUAAUGUUAUGUGUAUUAGGUGUAAUGACUAGUAGUCUGAUCAGCCACUGAAAAUGUAUGUGUAUUAUAUGGUAUUUGGUCACUUUACACACAGAACUUUCUAUUGGUGUAUUGUUAGCAGUGCAAACUGCUGCAAAAAAAACAAUAACAGUAUUUCAUGGGAAAAUGAAGCCUUGUAAAAACCAUUAACAAAAUUUGAAAUGAUGACGACGACAAUAUAUAUAGAUUAACCAGCGGAUUAGCUACAUUUGAACUAUAAACUUUGGUGUUUUGUAAUGCAAGAUACCAACAUUUCCCUAGUAGUCCUUACCUCAUAAAACAAAGAAAUGAUCAUUAUUUAAACAUAAGUGUUAUGGAAGUUAUUGUUAUUGUUUUUGCUUUGUGUGUGUUUUUUGGUAGAGAAGUGCUGUGUUGUGAGAUUGGAGAUGACACUGACAUUGUAAAAAUUACUGUAAAUAAGAUGACUAUGUGUGUUCAGUAAAAAAGGUUGUUAAUAGUUUUCCAUUGUCCUAAUUUGAUUAGUUGUUU